UAUAAUACGAAAUAAAAUUCUUGUAAUUCUUGUAAAAAAUUUUAUUUCCCUUUCGAGUUUUUUGCGUUUUCUCCAGCUGCGCACAGUCAGCAGACAAAACAUUCGUAGCACGUGCCAAAAAUAGACAGUAAUUUCCCUUGCGUUGAAUGCUAUGCGGGGGGUGCAACGACAUUUAAACUUUGUGGAUGCACGCGCUUACAUUCUCAGUCGGUUUCAAGUUGUGUACAAUACGAAAUGGGCAUGAAUGGUAUAAGACCAGUGAUUGGAAUGUCAUCUUCUGGCACACACAGCACGGGCGGUGUCGGUUGCUGUUGUUUCAGGUGUUGCACAUGCAUACAUGUAGAAUUUUUUAAAACAUUACCGGGAAUUAUAAAAAUUUGUGAAACGGUAAUCAGUGGAUUAAUACAGAGUUUACUUAUCAAUUAUGGCUUGAGGUAUAGUUCAUCCAUUGGUUCGGCUUUUGAGGGAUCAUUGACCACGGCAUCCGCUUGUUUUCUGACAUCCGCUCUUCUACUUGCUUGUUAUACACUUUCUGAAAAAACUUACAGGCUGAUUCGUUCAUCACUUUUUGAAAUGAUGUUCAAUUCUUUAGCCUGCUUCCUGUACGUAAGCUCAGCAUCUUAUUUGGGUUUUGCUACAAAACUAUAUCUAAUGGCUGAUUAUUAUAUGAAACCUGGCUUCGAUGUUUAUCCUGCCAUGACAGCUGCUUACAUGCUAUCUGGCGUUAUGGGUAUAUUGCACGGGGCAGAUGCAUAUCUGUCAUUUGUGUAUUACAAAACUGGAAGAUGAAUCAUGAUAAUGUGGGAAUGCGAGUUGUAUAAUUUUGCAAAGAUACGUGACAAUUAUAUAAAUGCUUAUACAUUAAGAGACGUUGAACAGAUACUCUAGUCGAACGGAUGUGAGCCUCCUCGAAGAGGAAUUGCGCAUAGCAAUCAGAUUCAGAUUUUAUACUUUAUCAGAAAACACAAUGAUAAUUAUCGAUCGGUAACUACUAGACACUAUAUUAAUCUUUUAAAAUCUAAUAAUUUCAAUCGAUCGAUUAUAACAAGCCGAAAUUAAAUUUUUACGAAUUAUAAACGUGAUCUAUCUGCAAUAUUGUUUAUCGAUGUAAAGUGUGUGUGACGUGUUUCCUAAAUCAACAUUCCGUUGAACUUUGGCGCAUCAUAAUGCUGCCGUAUUAUAUGCAUGGUGGAAUAGAUAAUGCUCGAAAAAUGAUCGAUGAUUUAUAUCGACUUAUUUUAUCCUUUAUUACUUGUACCUUUUAAUACGAAAUAAAUCAAUGGAUAAUAAAUUUUUAUACUCAAUUUACUCGAAUACAAUUAUUUUCCGAGGCAUAAAAAUCCAUGAAAUGUCUCUAACAGUAAAAGUUUACUUCCUUUUACACAACAGUCAUUUACGUAAUUUCGUUCGGCUAUAGCCAGCGUUUUCUCUCACUGGGAACUAUACAAAAACUACCCCUGCCACCGCGCAUUGCGCCACGCUAUUUCAAUGCAUAUCAGGAUGUAAACCUGCAUAUAUUGGACCUGGACUCCGAGAUGAAUGGAAAUUACACAGCUCCUCGUGGAUCGCACGAUGCUUCUCUGAGGUUUUUCUUUCCGCUUACCCGCCUUCCCCUGUCCUGGUUAAUAAACCACGCACGCACACUCUAUCCUCCUUCCUCAAACGCUUCUUUCUCUCUCCUUAACAGUCGAUGUAUCCACUCUUCUCUUCGUUCCUC